AUGGACCUAGAUAUACUGCAAGUCUUCCAGAGGGAAAUCACCUGUGCCAUCUGCCUAAAUUACUUCAUAGACCCAGUCACCAUAGGAUGUGGACACAGCUUUUGCAGACCCUGCCUCUAUCUCUCCUGGGAAGGAGCCCCAAAUCCUACUCAGUGCCCAGAGUGCAGAGAACCAUCACAGCAGAGGAAGUUCAAAACCAAUAUUGUUCUGAAGAAUUUGGUGUCCCUUGCCAGAAAAACCAGUCUCUGGCAAUUCCUGAGCUCUGAGGAACAAAUGUGUGGAACACACAAGGAGAAGAAGAAGAUGUUCUGUGAAGUGGACAGGAGCCUGCUGUGUUUGUUCUGCUCUAACUCCCAGGAGCACGGGGCUCACAGACACUGCCCCAUUGAAAGGGCAGCUGAGGACCAGCAGGAUAAACUUGAAAAGCAAAUGAGAUCUUUAUGGGACAAGAUCCAGGAAAAUAAGAGAAACCUCAAGGAAGAACAAAUAAUGGUUAACCAUUGGAUGGAAUACACACUACUAGUGAGAAAAAUGACUAGGACUGAAUAUGCGGAACUUCACCCAGUACUCUAUAAGGAAGAAGAAAAACAUUUGGAGGAACUGGAAAGGGAGAGUUGGAAUAUCCUUGAGCAACUCAAGAGAAGUGUGGCCCAAAUAAAUCAGAAGCAGAAACAACUAAAGGAAAUGCACAAGGAACUGCAGGGCCUGUGCCAUAAACCAGAUGAGGAGCUCCUCCAGGAUUCGAGAGACCUACUGAUGAGGAGCGAGUCUGUGCAGCUGCACAUGCCCCGUCCUGUGCGGCCAGAGCUCAGUGUCAGAGCCAUCACUGGACUGAUGGACAGAUACAGCCGCUACCGAGGAGAGAAAGUAAUGCUGUGA